AUGAUUGACCGUACUUCUCUUUCUAUUCUCCCAGAAAAUGCUAGAUGUUCUAAUACUCAGCCAAUAACAACAACUGCUGAUGGCAAUUGUCUUUUUAAUGCCGUCAGUAGGGGUAUAUGUGGUGAUGAAGGAAUGGCUACUAAGCUGCGUUUGCUUACAUCACUAGAGCUACUGAAAAACCAACAUUUCUAUUCUAAUCAUCCUGCGAUCAAUCAUAUUACAUCUAUGACAAAAUGGUCAAUUUACGACGCAGUCAUUUUUAACGAUCGUGCUCCUGGACGCAUGUCACCCGCCGUAUUUAAAGAAUCGAUGGAAAGAGAGAUAAUUAUCACAUUGAAAAACGGAGCUUUUUCGGGAGUUCUACAAAUAAUGGGAUUGGCAUCUGCUAUAAAUUGCACUAUUCAGAUGAUCUAUCCUGACAAAAAACACAGGCUGUAUGCUUUACUGAAUGGUACUUUCAAACCACGCCUUUCCCCUAGUUCAGCCCGUUUUAUUACUAUUAUGUGGACCAACAUGUCAGGAUGGCUAAACCAGUCUUACACGUUUACUCCUAACCAUUUUGCUCCUUUAUUACCGGUCAUCAAUUAUAAUAAUACGUGGAGUGUAGUAUCAAACAAAAGAAAACGAAAGCAUGCUCCAGCAGAAAAAUGUACUACGACAACAACAAAAAAACCAAGUCCUCGCUUUUUCGGUGACUUUGUACCGACUGCAAGAAAGCGCGCAUCAUCACCUUUGAAAGUAGAAAUUUCUCCACAAAAAAGACAACAAAAGAUCACUUCUUGCUUUCGCUUUAGUCAACAUGAUCACGCAGCCCAUAAAAUUACGAAUGUACAGUCAUUUUCUGCUAGUUCCCCAAAGGAAUCAACCACACAAAAAACAUCAACCAAACUUAAAAGUAAGAUUGGUCCUACUUUUGUUAAUGAUUUACAAUCAGCAAGGCCAAGAAGCACUUUAACAUUGGAGAAGGAAGUGUCUUCUAACAAAACACAACCAAAUAACAGUUGCUUAUCUGGAUCUAGUCCACAAGAUCAUUCAACACCAACGGUGACAAAACAGAAAUCGCUUUCUACAAGUUUUCCUAAAAUAUCUCCAACACCGAAAACAACAACCAAACCUAAAAAUAAAAUUGGUGUUACUUUAAUUGAUGAUUUACAAUCAAAAAGAAGCAGUACUUCAACAUCGACAGCAAUGGAGAAGGAAGUGCCUUUCAAGACCAAACAACCAAAUAACAAUUGCUCGCCUGGAUCCCAUCGAUUGGACAAUUCAACACCAACAACAAAUACGAGGUUGCUUUCUACAAGUUCUCUUCAAACACCAAAAACAACAAAACCAACAGAAAAACCGAGUCUUUUUGAUGAUACACAAUCACCACAAAAUCCCUGGAAAUACAAAGCGCCUUCCAGCACAAAAGAGCCAAAUAAUACAUCGUCGGCUUUGUCUCAUCACUUACAUGUACCAACAAUUUCAAUUACAAGAAACGUGACGAAUUCAAAUGAAGUGUUCACAAACCAAAAGGACAAUGCUUGUUCCCGUGAUACUGAUUUGCCAGGAAGCAAACCUCACUGCAGCACUAAUGAUGAUACCGACCAACCACACAAUCUACCGCAUUCACAACCAAAAAUCCCAAUGUUUUCGACAGUUUUACCACUCAGUGGCGCGAGGCGGGAAUUUUACAACCAACAGGGAAAACUGUAUUAUAAAAAUUCAAAAAGAAAAACUGUCGCCCUUAAUCAAGAAGGUGGACACCAAUUUCGUCGCAGCGAAGUUAGAGGGAAUUUGCAAGAUAACCUAGAAAUCUUAAAAAGAAAAAUGAUGUCCUGCAAACCACACCAGAAAAAUUAUCUGAAUGCGACGCGUACAGUUGCUAGCUACUUGCUGAAACAUGGUCCAGUCGUACCAACACAAGAACUGGCGAAACUGUAUAAAAAGGAAUCAAACUCUUCGAGCAACCGUCGAAUAAUGUCAUCGGAAUUGUUUCACAUCCUUUCGAAACAUUUAAAUAUCAUGCAAUUUCAAAUCAAAGGAACGGCAUUUAUAGCAGAGAACACCAGUUGCGACUUUUCAUCACUUCUCUCUUUCAUUACCGCAUCAAUUGAUAAUACAAAAAACGUCAACAGUAAAAUUGAAAAUGCGAUUGGGAAGGAUUUCCAAGACGCUAUAAAGUAUAUGGAUAACAAACGAGACCGUGAUACAGCCGUAGCUUUAUUUGAAAGGGUAACAAGUGUGAACUUUGUAUCGAAAUCACUACUUGGUGUUGGUAACAAACAAAGAGUGCAAAAAUGUCGCGAUAAUUUCUUUCCGAAUCUUAAUAGCUUUCGUGAUAUCAAAGUCACUUCACAAACCGUAAGAAACGACAUGACAAACAGACAACAAAUGGCUCUCACACAAAGGAUCAUUAGCAAGCGGAAGCAAAAGGAAAUAUUACACACCAAACCUGGUCAGGGCAGAAAGCUUAAAUGCGAGGAGAAUCCGCAACUUGUUCCUUUGUUGGAGUACGCAUUUAUGCAAGGAGGAAUUCAAAGUCACCCCCGACUCCUAAUUGAUACUUUGUAUAGGACAACAGAUAGCAGUAUGAACAUGAAGAAGGCGAGGGAACUUGUGAUUUCAUUGUCUGAUCCAGACUUCAAUAUUUCUCUGUCUGCGUGUUAUAACUACACUCAAAACUAUAAACAAAAUACUUUACAGGCGAAACGACACCACGAUGGGAGAGGAAUCAAUGCAUGCAUUUCUCUCCACCAACCGCCAAGAAUCGGUGUCGCAAAAUUCGUGAUAAACAUUCACUGGUCCUCGUCAAAUGUUAACUAUCUUGUUGACCUUGCUGCUGAACAAUCUAACGGCUUCUUCAUUGACUCCAAGGAUGCAAAAAGCGUAGUUCACGGAGAUAUUGCACCUGUUCAAAAGCCGAUGAAAACAUGGCGACAAAGGGAUGCAAUUCUGCCUGAUCAUGACUGGGAGCAAGGUCGAAAAAAUGCAGUGUCCCCAAUGGCCCAUCUAUUCUUAGAAACGCUAUAUCCGGAGAAACUAAACUUGCCUUUAACAUCGCCAUCAUCAGGACUUUCUGUCACUCGAUCUGGAAAAGGAGUAAACCUUGUCUACCUCUCCCACUACGAACCAGAAACUGUUUAUCGACAAUUGAAUGAAAUACUUUUUUUAAUGACCCAACCGUGUUUUGACGAAUACUUUAGAAAUCCUAACACGGGAAAACUUAAAAAUAACUUUUUAUUUGUCGUGGAUAACGGUGCAUCCGAACAACCCGCAAGUACUUUAGUUCAAAUGUCUUUAGUCAGAUUAUGUAAUUUUCUCAGUCUGGACCGUGUAAUUCAAACUUCGUUUGCUGAAUAUAAUAGCAAAAGGAACUUUGUAGAAAGGGUACACCCUCAAGUAAAUAAGGCCCUUUCCGAUCACGGGCCAUUUUGCAGCCAUUUAAUCCAUCCAGAUACAACCGGCCCGGGGGGAAAUGAGCAUAAAGAAAACAUCGAAGAUAUGGCACAAAGAGUUAUAGAUUGUUUAAAGGAUGUGACGUUUGGUGGAAAGUAUAUAUCAGUCUUUAGAGGCCUUCAUCGAGAUCAGUGGGUUUUUGAUGACGAAGCUUCUGUCCAAGAGUUCUUAAAUUUGUCUGAAGCAAACAAAGAAUUAUGUGAGAAAAAUUAUUCGGUACGUGAUGGGUCCCUUUUACAAUCUUUGCACGAUGUUUGGGGAGUUAACAAGGACUUCCAUGGGCUAUUGUCUGAAGAUUACAAAGUGAUUAAAAACGAAAACGCUAUUCUAAGAAGGUCUUGGCGUGACAAGUAUACCACAAUAAUCUAUCGGAAGGACGAAAAGUGGGAAGGUUCAAACGUGGAGCGAUUUCAUCGUCAGCCCUUACCUGAUUAUGUAAGAUGGUUGGAAACAAAAGAAUUACAUUAUCUUCCUUUCGAACAACGAACUAACCUUGAAAAGGGCGUUUGGGACUCUGUUGAAGGAUGCUUUUUACCCAGUCACGUUUUAGACUUAGCCUAUCUUGUUGUUUCUGAGCCUUCCUCAGACAUUAUUCGCAGCCUAGCAUUGUUAUCGUGGACAACUGAAGAGGAAGUAUCAAAGUAUUUCACUGAAAAAACAAAAGAAAUGAAAAAAGAUAUGGAUGACAACAAAAGACGGGACCAGUGGAGAGAACAUGUUCAUUUCUCCAGAAAAAAGGAAGACCUGAUAAAACUAUGCAAGGAAAGGAACUUAGAAAUUUCUGGCAAAAAACAUGAACUUGUGGAACGAAUUUCUCGGAGUGAAGGGGAAAAUCCGCCUGAACAAGUAAAACCGUACAUGGGAGAAGAUCUCCCCAAGACGACGAAGGAAUUAGGCAAGUUGCAGCUCAGUUAUUUAAAAUCUGUAUUGCAUUGGCAUGGUUUGCCAACAAUCGGAAAUAAAGACAGAAUUCUGUUAAAUGUUUCAUUGCUGGCAAAUGGUAAAAAACGUCUUUGUUUUCGACGAGAGCGUAAACUGCUUCUGGAACUUAUUUCCAUCGCAAAAAAACUUAUAAAUGAAGAAAAGUUGCAAAGACUUAAGUUGAAGAACAAACCAAUUUACAGAUACAGAACAUUUUCAACGCCUACCAAUCCAUGCUUGUCAUCUAGUCGUCCACGUCAGUCUGCAGCAGUUCAGUCUGUUCAUUCAUCCACCUCAAAGAUAUCUGUACCAAAAGAGAUCACAAUGGAUAACAUCGAAGACGUCUUUGAAGACCUUACAGAGUACGUUAUGAUCGAAAACAACAAAGAAUUAAAUCUUAAGUUGCCUAACACAAUCGUUGCAAUGAAAUCUUGCACGAAUGCUGGCGAACCGCUCAAGAAUAUUCUAAAACGUGGAGCAAGGGUUAAGAUAUUUUGGGGCAAAGACGACUGCAAGGAUACAGGGUGGCAUGAAGGUUGGUAUCUAGCGAUAGUGAAAGAAGUCCUUGACUUUGAGGAAACCAUGGCAAAUAUAACUUACGUUGUAGAACCGAAAUGUUUGUAUGAAAUGAACGUUUCACAACUGUUAAAUGAAGGGCAUCUUAUGUUACACAAUGGGUCAGAAUUGGAGCAAUUCUUUGAAAUUGGGAGCCAAGUGAAGGUAAAAUGGACCAAGGACGAAAUUGGUGAUUCGCAUUGGAGACCUGGAUGGUACGUUGGAGAAGUACAGACAUCCGAUCUGGAUUCUGAUGAAAUAGAAGUAAUGUUUUACUCAGAGCCUGAUGUGACUUAUUGCUACGAUGUGACUUUUGGGGUGGCAAAUGGAAGUUUGCAAAUGGUCAAUGCCAUUUUUUAA